AUGCAGGAUUAUGCUCAACAAGAAAAUGAAUUUCAGGCGGGUAUUCCACCUCGACUAGUUUCAAUAUUUUAUUCAGUAUUUGAUGCCACAAGGGGACCUAAAGUAGUAUUUGAAGUACCAGAAGGUUCAAUAAUUCCUAGGGAAGGCACGACACCUAUAAUAGAUUUUGAUUCAAUAUCGGAAUACGUGAUACCCAAAACUCAAUUAUGUGGACAUUUAGUAGUAAUUUGUACGGAUUCAUAUAAAGUGAUGGGAUUUCCGGUACUUAUUGAAGAUAUGAAAUAUGAGAAUAGCAUGAGAAGCAAGUUUAUGUUUAAUUUAAGUUUUGUGUUUGAUCGAGGAGCUGAUACAUCAAGUUAUGAACCGGUAGUUAGAAAAGUGGCUAGAGUUUUACAAACUUUGGAGAUUGAAAGUGGAUUCUUAUAUGAUAAAGAAACUAAAGAUUUCAUGUAUAAUAUAAUUGAACAACUUCUUGAAGAUCUUAAUAGUUAUUGUGAAUGUCAAAUACCAAUUACACCAUGUAAUACAUCAAUAAAUCUCAAAUUAUUUCCGACGUAUCGAAAUCCAUCACCAGUAUAUGAUUAUCAAGUUCCAAUAUGUACAGUUAAUCUUAAACUUUUGAUGGAUGAUAAUUGGGAUAUUACAAUGAAGAAGAUUGCAACACGAAUAAAUGGAAUUCAUCAUGUAAAGAAAAUAGCGGAAUUAGCAGAUGUUGAUUAUAUUUUAGCUAGAAAAUUUAAACCCGAGAUUACUAAAGUAAUUGAGGAUGAAACGAUUCAGAGGGAAUGUUUAUCUUACGUACGAAAGAAAGGAACAAUUCCUCCACCAUUUGCCAAAUUAUUUUCACUUUAUUGUUUAUUAAAACUUGGAUUAACACUCAAACAAUGGAUUAAUGAUAAUAAAGAAAUUUCUGCUUUGAAUAUUGAUAUUCGGAGAUUUAUAUCAUUUGGAGUAAUCAAAGGAUUUAUUUAUCGAGUUCAUAAAUAUCCAAUUCUUCCUGAAAAUUAUAAUCCACAAAAUCCAACAAUAGCAAAAUUACGAGGAUUUCUCAAUGGAAAACAUCAUUAUGAUGAAAUUUGUUCAAUGGAAGGUUGUAGUGUUCGUGAAUUAGAUGAAUUAUUAAGUACUGAACCUGAAGUAAAAUUUAUUUUACAAGGCAAAGAAUAUGUGAAUCAUAUUGAUGAAGAUUCUACAAACAACAGGGCAUCUAAUCUCGAAUGGUGUACAUUGAGUGAAAACAAUCAACAUUCCGUAAGUCUCGGACUUUGGAAACAACAACGUACUGCCAGGCAGAUUUUUGAUGAUGGAUCUUUCCAUCCUUAG